UGGUCGUAAACCGGUCGUUUAAACACUUGACAAUGCUACAGGCUAAGCAGCCACCGAACGCUGGAGAUGUACUACGAGUGCAUGUGGAAGACUUAAGCGCGACGAUUGAGUAUAAUGCUACAUAUGCGAAACGCAUGCGAUGAGUUGCUUUCAGCACAAAGAGCAGUUAAGACGCGUUAGCCCAAAGCGCGGCGCUUAGUUUAAGCGGCGGCAAUCCAGUAUACUCAACGCUUGCAAUUAUUUACUUUGCUUCCGUCACAAAGACGAUGAAUCGUUUGCUGGAACUGCAGCGCGUAUGCGCGACCGCCAACAAGGACGCAAAGUCAACAGAAAAGUCCUUACUGCCUUUCAGAAAACAGUUGCAAUUUCUCUACGGCUACGUGCUCGGCUUCCUGAUGGCGCUCACCACACUGCUCUGCUACGAUCGCUUCCUGCUGCAGACGGCGCAGUUGCGUCAACACAGCACGGCCACUGAGAAUUGGCAGACGGGCUAUCAAACCGCCUUGCAGCAGCUGAAAAGUGAUGCAAACACACUGCAGCAACAGUUAGCGGCGGAAGUGCGCGUGCUUUGCAUGGUGUUGACCACACCGGCGCAGCACGAAACGCGCGCCGCACACGUGAAAGCCACUUGGGGCAAACGCUGCACGCGCCUCAUCUUCCUCAGCAGCGCGGCGGACGUGGAAUUGGGCGCUGUGCCGGUGGUGGACAGUGCCACCGAUAAGUACGAACUGUUGUGGCAUAAAGUGCAGCAAGGAUUCCGUUACGUAUACGCCCGGUAUUACGCGGAUUACGAUUGGUUUUUGAAGGCGGACGAUGAUACUUAUGUAAUCAUGGAAAACUUACGUUAUUCCCUCUAUGCUUAUGACCCCGAAACGCCAGUUUUCUUUGGUUACGAGUUGCUGCAACUAAAUGUGACCUACAUGUCCGGUGGCGCUGGCUAUGUUCUCAGCAAGGAAGCUUUCUCCCGCGUAGUUACAACGGGUUUUAAUAACGAAACUCUUUGCCCACCAACUAAAUACGCGCUGCCUGAAGAUUACUGUAUGAGUAUUUGUUUGCAAAAUGUGGGCGCAUUGCCUGUGGACGGACGCUUCAUUCGGUCUAGCGAAAACAAACAAACAUUUUUCCCACUGCAAUUGACUGAUUUUAUGGAUAGCAAUGAAACCCUGUCUAGUGGGGACUGGAUAGAUCGCUUGACGCCAUAUACAGUGGAUUGGGGCCUUAACUGCUGUUCCAAUUAUUCCAUUUCGUUCCACUACACAGAUCCCGCUAUAAUGUAUUUAUAUGAGUUUUUUAUUUACCAUCUGCGCGCAGUCGGGCUUCCGCAACCCCGCGACCCAUUGCCUGAUAAAAUCGACUACGCAGAACUGUUAAGCCGAUUUUCUAAUGAGCGAAAUACAACGGACCCGUGGAUGCCCAUUAAGUGGGUGCAAGUGCCGUGAGAGGAAUGCGUCCAUAUAUGCAUAUACAUAUAUAUUGUACAUAUUUAUUUUAAGUGUCUAUAUUUAACUCUAUAAAAGUAUUCCAAAUAUAUUUCGUAAGUAGUUUAUACAUUUUUAUAUUUGUAUGCAUGUUCAUUUCACCUUUUCUAAUAAAAAAUAAAUAAAUAGUGCAGUUC